CCCGACCAUUUUGACGCGAUUUCGAUUUCUCAUAAAAAAAAAAAACACACAUUAAACUCGGGCGCUCCUGCUGCUGUGUUGUGUGUGAACGAACCAAAUAUAUGCACAUGAGCUGGAGGACAGUGAAAUUGAAUUAGUGUUUAUAUAGCACAUAGAUGGCUGAUAAUGCCGCCGCCGAAAAAUCGUUUGGCCAUCGUUAGUAUCAGAAAGGGAACGAGUACGAGUACGGGUACGAGUACCAGAAAGUAUCGUCGUCGUCCUGCCCCCCGUCCCGCCCCCUUCGUCGCCGCCCCCUCUGCGCCGUACGCACGCAUCGAUUUGGGCUAAACGUUAGAUACCUCCUAACGCAGUUGUUAGGGUGGAAAGGCAAUAUACAAGGAAAAAAUAAUACCACACCAUAUAGCCACUCUAUAACCGAAAUGAACUGAACUGAACCAAACUGCAAUGCCGUGCGUUGGCUAUUCGCGUGCAAUCCGUUGAUCCGAUCCGGUCCUGGGCUGGUCUGCAUCCGCAUCCCCCAAUCCCAGCCAGAAAAGUGCAAUACACCAGAAUCGAAGCGACACGAAAACCAGGACAGACAAAAUCACAAAAGUCAAAGUGGAGUGGAAAGUGGGUAAAAUGCUAUAUUAAACCUGAGGAGUCGAAAAUGUUUAUUGUAUAAUUUCCUAUUGAGCAGGUGUGCUUGUGUGUGUGUGCGAGUAGUUUUUGUUUUUUCGCUGCUUCUUCUUGCGGUUUAUUUGUCAACAAAAAGAAGAAGGAAGAAAGCAGGGCACAGAGUAAUAAUUUGUUGUUCGCUUCACACUGCUUGCAGGAGUGACGAAGCAGUGAACUUGUGCAACGAACCGUUCGACGACCCAUUGGCCUCCACAUGAAGACCAUGUCGCGCUUCGGCCUGCGCCGUGGCUUCAAGCUCUCGGAGGAGCAGGUCAACGGCAAGAAUCCAAUUGGACCGGCCACGCCCCCAGCUCCCGCUGCCGUUGCUGCUGCCCCCAGUCCGCGCAAGAAGCGGCAGCCCAGGCAGGAGGAGGCGGACGUGGAGCAGGAGGAACCUGAGCCGCACGACGAGCCCGAUCCGCACGAGGCGGAGCAGGAAUCGAUCUCGCUGAUCUGCAGCCUGCCGCUGGAGCGGCUGCCCCGCCUGGUGGAAAAGUUGCAUCAGCUGACGGAGGAGCGGGAAAGAGAACGCGAGCGAGAGCGAGAACGGGAGCGGGAUGAAGCCGCCGGGCUGGGAGGAGCAGCGGGCCACUCGAAGGUCCUGUGUCUGUACUGUGAUAGAAAGUUCGCCUCCGGCAAGCUGCAGGCCAAACAUGUGGACAAGUUCCACACCGAGCGGCAGGAGCGGCGCUGCAGCGGCCGUUCCACCAGCUCCAAUUCCCAUCCCGCCGGCGGCUUCCCCGGUUGCCAGUGGUGCGGCCAGCAGGCCAAUCGGCGCCAGGCCACGCCCCCGCAGAUCUGUCUGCCGGCGAAGCAUUUGGAGCAGCUGUUCCAGCACCUGAGUGACCAGCAUGCGGACAAGUACUUCGGCUGCCAGCCGUGUCGCCUGCGCUUCCAGGAUGCGGACCAUUUGUCGGGGCACCAGCGACAGCAGCAUCCGUUGCCGGAGGAUGCCCCCAAGCCCGGACUGAUGGGCGCCGACGAGCCGGUGCUGUUUCGGCUCGGGCUUACCCAGAACCGGCUGCCUAGCCAUCGGAAUCGCAACCAGCGCAAGGAGGAGGAGCCACCGCCCCUGGCCACGCCCAGCAGCAAGUCCCGGAGCAGCAGCCGUGCGGCGGCGCAGCGGCAACAGCUUCAGCAGCUGCAGUUGCAGCAAGCCACUCCGGCUGGAAAUCAGGCUCUGCAAUCGCACGAUGCGGUCAAUCCGGACGCAGUCUUUCGGCUGCCAGCCAGCUUGGCCUGCGUCUCCUCCUCCGCCGCCAGCUCAGUGUUCGAUGACAAGUUCUACAAGGAUGUAGUGUUCAAUGUGCGCCACAAUCUCCAGAAUCACCUCGACGGCCGGCUAUUCACCUCCCCAUCAUCAUCAUCAUCAUCGUCGUCCGCAUCUCACAAGCCGGAACUCAUUAUGCUGCACGGACCCAGUCAGGUGGGUCCUGGCGGCGCCUCCUACCCAACGCUGCUGACCGCGGAGCAGUUCGGCGGCACGGGGGAACUGCUGCCGCUGGCCAAGUUCCGUCGGAGACCGCACACCAAGCACAGCUGGAAGUGGAAGUGGGACUACGUGAAGAAGUUCACGCUGAUCAACGAGGGCGGGCGGCUGGUGAAGAAGCUGAAGCAGCCAAAUUACCUGGGUCUGCGCGAUCUCUCUAAGCUGGACAUGUGGACGCAGCUGACGAUGCGCCAGAAGCACGAUCUCUCGCUCUCGCAGGCGGAGGAGCAGAACCAGGAGCAGCGCCGCCUGCUGGAGCAGCUCAAUCUCAUACUUGACCACCGCCUGCUGCCGCACAUCAUCCUGGAGCAGAACGAACAGGCGGUAAUUAAGUGCGAGAACGAGGAGGAUGAGCCGGUUGGCCUGGAUACGCAUGCUGGGGACGAUCUGCUACCUCAGAGUUUCGCCGACGAGAGUUUCCUCUCCCUGCUUCAACUACAGCCGAGAACCGGGACCAGCGAUCAGAAUCAGGAUCGAGAGCGGGAGCGGGAGCGGGACCACGAGCGGGAACUGGAGCGGGAGCGGCUCAGGAACCGAAGGGCUGUCGUGCUAAGCGGCGAGUGGGCGCGCCCACGGCUCUACCUCUGCAUCUGCUGUGGCGCCAAGUUCGAUCAGCGCAAGUCGCUGGAGGAGCACAAGACCUUCCGCCAUUCGCACAUCUACGCCACGCACUACGAGGUCGUGGGACGGGAGCUGUUGGCCGGCAACCUGCUGCGCCACCUCUUUAUCCCCAAGCGGGCGCUGUGUCGCUUUGCCGCCGCGAGCAACUGCAUACGGUGGCCGCAGAUCGCGCCUGCCCCAGUGCAGCAGCCCAAGCAGGAGCAGGAGCGUGUGCAGCCGGAGGAGGAGACCAGGUCGUCUGCCUCCUCGCGCUCAUCGUACGAGGUGUCCACGCCCACUCCGCUCUCGGGACUGGAGCAGCAACAACCGUCGCCGGCCUCGGGAUCGGGCACUGCGUCUACAUCGUCGUCGUGCUCGCCCAGCUCAUCCUCUGCCUCCACCCUGAUGUCCACCGCCCCCACCGCGAUGUCUCACUCCACCUGCACGUCCUCGACAGCGACCACGACGCUGUCCUCCUCCUCGUCCGCUCCUUCCAGCUGCACCAAGUGCGGCCGCAAGUGUAGCGGCCUCAUGGAUCUCUACCGCCACAUGCUGGACUGCUCCGGCGACUAUGUGUGGUCGCUGGCCAAGAAGCGCAAGUAUCGCUACUACUGCGGCACCAAAAAGCGACGGGCCUUCUCCAAGAAGCCGCUCAAGCAGCUAUCCGCCCGCAAGAAGGAGAAGCUGGAGGUGGAAGUGGAGGAGGGCAUCGGAGACGGCGAAGCCGAGGGAGAUGGUGAGGGCGAGGCAGAGGGCGAGGAGAGCGGCUCCAGUUCGUCCAAGUUGAAGAACUCGCCACGCCAAAGGCCCAGCGAUGCCGAAUCCAUUCGCAAGAUGCUGGAAAACCUGCCCGCCAAGCGCAUUUGCAAGAAGAUCUUCCCCGUGGACAACAAGGCCAAGCGAAAGGCCAAGAACAAGGCCAAGGCCAAGUCCAUGGCCAAGUCGCUGGUCAAAUCGAAAUCCAAACAGCAGCGCAGCAGCACAAAGAGAAUCUACAAUCAGCACUUGCUGCGCACCACAAGAUCACGAUCGAGAUCAUCGGUGGUGGCCACGGGCUCCUCGUCCGCCGCUGUCGCCGCGCAGCAUCAGCGCAGUCGUCGCAAACAGAAGCAACAACAACAACAUCAGAAGGCAAAGCAGGAUAAAGUCAAAUCCCCGCCAGAACCGACAAUUGAAUUCGAAUCGGAGCAAUUGCCAGCCAAACCGGAGGCGAAACCCCCCGCACCCGCACCCACAGCCACUGCCAAGUCACAGUCGCCCGCUGAGGAAAAGCCAUCCUUGCGGCUUGAACUGCCACUAACCCUCCCAGAGGCAGCUGCUCCACCGGCCUCUGUUCCGGAUUCGGAGCCAGCAUCGCCCACUCCCAGCAAGCAGCUAAUGCCCACACCGCCCACAACCCCUGCGCCGGCUACCAAAUCCCCGCCAGCUGCCGCUGUUGCUCCACCCUUCUCUGCCAGCUCUCGCCUGUUGACGCCCAAUUCGAGUGUGAAGCGCAGCAAGAGGAUUAGCGACUGCAUAGCCAUGCUCACCGGCAAACUGGAGGAGAAGCUCAAAACAGAGCAAGUGCCACCGCCUGCGCCGCCGGAAAAGGAGAAGACAACUGUGGAGCAAGAGAAGUCGCCGGAGAAGGGGGACAUGGCAGCACAGCUGGUGGAGACACCUGUACUUGCGGCUGCAGAAAAGGAGCGAGUGCAGCCAAAGACGCCCAAACGUAAGGCUGUGUCCCGGCGAAUCAUCAAAGUGGAUGCCACACCGGAGCCCGUGUUGGAGUCGAUACAAGUGCGGAAACCUCCGGCGGAGCUGCCAGAAGGAGUUAAGGUUCCUGUAGCAGCCGCGGCGCCUUCAGUUCCGCCUCCUACUUUGGUGCCAACUCCUGCUGCCCUCCCACCUCCCGUUCUCAGCAGUAUGCCAGUGCCCGCCCCGGCUCCUCCGUCAGGUGUGGCACCAGCUCCUCUGCCAAUCACUGCACCUGCUCCUGCGCCAGUCGCUGCACCUGCUCCUCCGCCAGUCGCCGCACUUGCUCCUCCGCCAGCCGCUGCAUUGGCCCAUCCGCCUCCAAGGCGCACGCCCACGAAGGCGGCAACCAAACAGAUGGCUGCUCCACCACCGAAGCCAGCCUCGUUGGCCGCCCUGAAGCAGUACCCUCCGCUGGAACCACUGCUUGCCGUGCCGCCUACUAAUCCGGCAUCCGUACCCGGGGCCGUUCCCCUCGCUGUGCCCGUGGCAAUGACGUUGGGAAUGCAGGGAAUGCCAGCUCCACUGCCGGUGGGGCCAGUGCCCGUGAACGUUAGCAUGCUGCCCAAGAUGCCACUGUAUAUGCCGCAGCUCCAAGCGAAUCCGAAUCAGAAUUCCAAUCCCGCGCCGACCACCAUGUUCGUGAUGGACCAUCAGCCCCUGAACCUGACCAGCCACCGAGGAGUGCUGCAAAAGCCGCUGAUCAGCGGCACAACGGGGGACCCUGGACUCGUUGGCCUGCCGCAUCACCGCGCGGGAGGUAUGCCCGCCAGGCGGCAAACGAUCUGUGGAUUCGAGGCACGAAACUUGAUCGGCUUGGACAUGGAUAUGGAGCCGCUGGAUCUGUCGAAGAAGUCGAGCAGAAAGCCGUCGCCGGUGCCGCCGCCUAGGAUGCCGCAGGAGCUGCCAAUGCCACCUGUCCCACUGCCAUUGGUAACGGGAGCAACAGGACUGCCACCUCAACAGCAUCCAGGCGCUCCGCUUCCACCGCCAGGUGCUGCCUUGGUUUCCGGCCAACUCGCAAUGCCAGGCGGAGUUCCUGCGCCUUUGGCCUCGCACUAUUACUCCAACCUGGAUCUGCUCAAGAUCCCACAGGUGCGCAAUCCUGGCACUGGCGUGGUGGUGCCGUCCAACGGUCCACCGCCAGUAUCCAUGUCCGCAUCCGUUGCCACGCCCGUUCAUCCCGUGAAGAGUUCGGGCGGCAAAAAGCGCUCACUGGAGGGAACAGGGAACUCCAAAAAGGACCACGGGAAGGGCCAGGCGAAGGUGUGCCCUCGCAUGGAUGAGGUGGUCAACAACCACAUCGACGAUGCCAUUAACUCGGUCAUUAUGGCUGUCCAAGCGAGUCUGCCGGACGACGAUGAGGAGGAGCAGGCAAGGAAAGACAAGGAAAGCGAGAGGCAACGGGAACGAGAAAGGGAGAAGCAAAAGCUGGAGGAACCGCUGCACAAGACGAGCAACUGCAUCUUGGCGCUGCAACCCUCCGCGGGAUUGCUCCUGUCACCAGGCUUGGACAAGACUCAGCCUGUCAAUGCUAUUCCUGCCGUUGUUAUUUCUCCCGCUGCUCCUCCUCCCGUGGCUCCUGCCCCACAGCCCGUGCCUGCCAAGAAUCUGACGCCCAAGAAACGUUCCAUGCGCUCGCGAACCAUCGACUGUCGCUCUGCUUUGCUCGCCCUGGAGGAGACUUUGCCGGUGGCGCCAUUGCAGCAGUUUAUCUCGCUGCCAGUGAAUGGGGAUGCGAAAGUGGAGAUGCCUCAGCUUCCAGAUACAAUCCAAGCUCCAGCUCCAGCUCCUGUUCCAGUUCCUGUUUCUGAUCCAGCUGCUUCCCUUCCAGCUCAAGGCCCCAUAAUGAGUGUUAAGGAAAAGAAGCCGGAAACUAUCCCACCGGCGGCCGAUCCGACGCCCAUUCCAGUGACCUCGCCUGCUGCCUCUCCUCCGCCAAUGGAGCGUCAGUCUCCGGAAUCUCCUGAUCCUGUCGCCGGGAUCGAUCCACUGCCGGAGGCGUCUGUCCCUGCACCUGUGCCGGUUUCCGUCAUUUCCGUGGCGCCGGCCUUGCCGCUGCCACCCCGCACUGCCACGCCCCCGCCCACCACGAUGGCGGAGACCAACUGCAGCUCCCUAAUGGAGGAGCACAGCAGCAACCUGAACAACAACACCUCCUCGGGUUUCCACAGUCUGGCCCAGUCGGAGCAGCCGAUUCCCACGACGGCCACGCCAGUGGAGGAACCCGUUCCUCCGCCCAAGGAGGAAGUGGAGCUGCCCGCCAAGAAGAAGCAGCGUCGGCGACGGAAGAACGAACUGGCGGCAAUUGUGGCCGAUCAGCUGCUGGAAAGCUUCAAGAUCGACAAUGCGCGAAGGGAUAACCUCAAGAAGCUGGAGAAUCUGGCGUACGAGAAAAGCGAGGACUUGCUGCUCACGGGGAUGCUCCUCAUGUCCAGCACCAAGCGCAACGCAGCCCUAGGGACGUCCUCGGCCGCUGCCGCGAAGCUGGCGAAGAAGGAGGCCGAGGUGGGGGCAGAGGCGCCACCAAGUGCCCCGGUGCGCGGCAGGCCGAAGCGCCGCCAGAGUUGCUACUACCGGCGGGGAAAGGCCGGAGGAGUUGGUGGCGGUGGCAAGGCCACCAACGAAAACAUCAGUCUGCUCAAGUCCUCGCUGGAGUCCUUCUCCAUCGGCAUCGAGAAGCAGCUGCUGGCCAAGGAGGCCAGGGAGGCCAAGGACUCGCAGCCGGCGGCGGGGGCGAGCGGCCUGGCUCAGCCACCAGCCAGCUCCAUCCUGCGACCCAGCAUCCUCAGCAGCGCGGUGGCCAGGGAUCAACAGCAGCCAAAGCAGCAGCAGCAAAGCAGGCAGGAGAAACAGGAGCAGAUCCCCCAGGCGGCCACUUUCAGUCGUGAUCCACGGCUCAACAAGAACAUACACAAGGAGCAGGUGGAGCACAAAGAUCCACCUAAGGAGCAGCCAGCGCCAGCGACGAACGACAAUCCCGAGGAGGAGGACAACUACCUCACGGAGAUUGCAAAGAACGUGAACGAGAAGAUCAUGUCGGCCACCACCAACGAGGACUUUGAGUUUGCCCACGACGAGUUCGACGGGGAAGGGGAUCCCGACCAGGAUCAGGACCAGGACAAAUACUAUCGCCCACCCACUUCGAUGAGCGUGCGCAGUGCGCCGAACCUGAAUGAUGAGCACUCGAAUUUCGGUUCCAUGUGCGACGAUAACACGAACACCGAGGUGAUGGACAUGGACCUGGAUGAUGAGAUGAGUGUGUAUACUAGUUACUCGCAGGAUCUGGGACGCGGAGGACGCGGGCGCAGAAGAAGGAGGCGCCGCAGCGUGCUGCUCACGCGGCGUCCCAAGAAACGGACGCAGCGCAGCGAACUGGAUGCCGAGAAGUAUGGCUGCAAGCUGUGCGGCAAGAGCUUCUUCACGGCCACCUCGCUUUCCAAGCACAACAUGACCCUGGCCCAUGUGUCCAAGGUGUCUGCCCAGGAGUACCUGCAGUCGCAGACAGCUCCGUCUAGUCCGCAGGAUGUGCACGACCUGGAAAACUCGAGGGAGCGACAGGCCGAGCUGGCAGUGCAGCACCAGGAGGAGCAGCAUCUGGCAGCAGCUGCGCAGCAGAUGAGAGCCUCGGUGCUGAUGGUACCCUCGCAGAUGGCCCAUCAGGAAAGGGAGCGGGAACGGGAGCGCGAGCGCGAGCUUCAGAGGGCUCAGGAGCAGGAGAGGAUCCAGCUGCAGAGGGAGCAGGACCAUCGCCAGCAGCAGGAGCAGGUGCACCAUGUGAUCACAGAGGCGAGCCUGCGUCUGCACGACAACCAGCACAGUCCGACAGCUCCAACCGCCUCGCGCCUCAAUCUCAAUCCCGACGAGCGUCUCUUCUACGAGUGCUGCAACAUCCUGAAGAGCGCCGAGACGCCGCGCACCCUUCCCGGCGGAGGAGCCGGUCCCGCCACCACUUCUGUGAUAGUGACGGCGGGCAGAAAGCAACCGCCUCCGCCGCCAGCUUCGCCCUCGCCAUCUCGGUCGUCGUCGCUGCCACCACCGGCAUCGCCAUCACCAUCGCCAUCGCUUCCACCGCCUGCGUCCCCGUCGCUUUCUCUGCCGCCACCGGCCUCGCCGUCGCCGUCUCCCUCGCCGCCGCCACCCGCAGAGGCACCUGCUCCUGUUCCCGUUUCAAUUCCUCAGCCAGCGCCUGCCGUGUGCCACCAGCCGGUCAUCCAACAGCUUUUCCGCAACCCGCCUGCAGUUACGCCGACCACAACGCCCACCAAUCACAACAGGCUCUCGCCCAGCUACUCGGCGGUGUCCCAGUUUUCGGCCACCACCACGUCGCGCUUCAAGACGAAGGCCGCCAUGAAGGGCUACGAGAACGUGAACAUGCAGCUGGACAUGCUGGAGCUGGCCAAGUCGGGGAGAGGGGUCUGCAAGCUGACGGAGUUGGCGGACAUUGCGCUGGGCAGCGAGAAGCCCGGCGGCGACUUCCUGCCCCACCUGCCGCCCGCACCGGCUACUCCUGCGGUGCCAGCUCUACCGCCUGCCAUCCAACAGACGCCCACGCCAACGCCCACACCCACGCCCACAGUGACGCCCACGGGUCCAUUGGAACAGCAACAGAGCUCCACGUCCUCGAAGACAAUCAUGCACGCCUCCAUCAUCAAGGCGGCGGCGGGCGUGGCCAGCUCAGCAACCCUUCCUCCGGCCUCCGGGCGGAUCAUCAUUCCCGACCGGCCGUUCAAGAACAUUGGUCUGGAGGAGAAGGCCCCCAUUACGUUCCAGAAGCCCAAGACGUGCGUGAAUCUGCUGCAGGAGCAGGAUAACAACAGCGUCUCGACGGCCAGUUACUCCGACCGGGAUGAUUACGAUUUCGGGACCCUGAGUUGCGACGGCGAUGUGGAACCGGAGCAAGAACCGGAGGUCGGGGUGGUUAGCGCUGCGCCAGCGCGCGUGGUAGUCCCCCAGGGAGGGGGUCACGCCGUGUCGACUUCAAGCUCGUCAUCCUCGUCCUCCUCGUCGGCGGAGAAUACCAGGAGUGGUAGUCGGAGCAGCAGCAGCAGUUCUAGUCGGGCCACUGCCAAAACCUUCGAGAACAAGUCGCUGAUCAUGGGCCGGAUUUUCAAGCACGCCAGCAGCGCCAAGGCGACGGCAGUGAUGGCCGCCUCGGCGCCAAUGUUGCCCGGCCCCAGUGUGGUGCCCGGCCUGGCCAAGAUGAAGGCGCUGCCCAAGAACCAAGCGAAUCUCGACCAGAUCUUUGACGAGUUGCGUGGCGGCGGAGCUAAGGCGUCCGAAAUGGAGGGCUCGCCAUCUAUGGUGCAGGAGAGUUGGGAGCGUCAUCACCCGCAGCAGCAGCAGCAGCCACACCACCACCAUCAGCAGCAUCACCACCACCACCAUCACCACCACCACCACGUGGAGCCCAUGGCGGCGCCAGCAGCUCCGGCCGCGCCUGCGGCAAUGCCAGCGCCCAGUGCUCUACCACCGGGCAGAAAACCGAAAAAUGGGACGGCCAACACUGCCAAGAAGACUAACAAAUCCGCGCCGGCCAAAGCAAAGGCCAAGUCGAAGGUAGCCACCGUCGCCUCUGGCUCUUCCUCAUCCAAUCGCAAGCCCCGAAAGGAUUUGACCAAGCUGCAGUCCGAGCUGGGCAUGAGUCACGAGGAGAUCGAGCAGCUGAUCGACGAGGGCCAGCGUAAGUCCAAGCGUCGCUGUGCGACCAACCGACCCAAGAAGCUGGUGGAGACAUGGAGCUCCGAUGAGUACGAGGAGUUCCUAUCCACCAAGGACAUCAUAGCGCUGAUCGAGCAAAAGGAGCAGCAGGAACAAAAGCGGAAGCGUAAGACUAGUGAGGCGAACAUCCAGCCGGAGCCAGUGGCACCUCCAGUGACCAGCAAGAAAGCCCAGACUCCUCAGGCGGCUCCAGCGAAACGAAAGAACCGCGCCAGCGACAAGAAGCAACCGCCAGCAGAAGUAGAGCAGCCAAAGUCGCGGGCCAGGCAAAGGAACCAGCAACCACCAUCUGCACCACCACCACCACCGCCACCACAACCAACUGUUGUCAGCGCACCUCAGCCAGAUGUGGUGGCGCCUAAUCCAAGGGGAAAAUCCAAAGCAUCCGCGAAGAGUAGGACUCCAGCGACCAAGGCAACCAACAGUCGGAAAAAGCGCGGCAAUGAGAAGCUGAAGGUGCAACAAAAGGAGGAGGACGAGGAGCAAGCAGAGCCGGAAGUGGAACCACCAACAAGGACGCGCAGCUCAAGGCAGCAGCCCAGGGGAAAAGCUGAGCAGGAGAUAGAACCACCACCACCAGCACCAGUGGCGGUAGCUCCACAGGAACCCCCAAGGGAGAGGAUCAAGGCGCGGUACUGCAAUCCACAACAGCAGGCGCCGCCACCGCAUCCCAGGAGCAGCUCCGUCGCCACCACCAGCAGCACCACCAAUAACAACAACAACAGCAGCAGCAGCAACAAGAACCUGAAGGCCAAGCGGAAAUCCCAGGCCAACCGCCAAUCGCCGGCGCGAAGAAAGCGGCCGGCGAGCGAGAAGCAGCUGUACUACUGGAGCAGCUCCAGCGACGAUGAGUUUGGGCGCCUGGACGACGAGGGCGAGGCAGCCGAUGCAGGAUCCAGAACAGGAGCCGGCAGCGAGCAGAGGGACGGGGAUCGGCUGGAACUGGAGCCGGAAGAGGAGGCGUCGCCGUCGCCCGGCAAGCACUUCGAGGAGAACGAGCCGUACCAAAAGCACGGCUGGAUCGUGGGCGACUCGCACAAGAAGCUAGUGAAGCUACUGGCCAUCGCCAAGGGCAGCAAGAAGGUGGACAACUGUGGUGUCAAGCGGCGCACGCCCAAGCGCAAGUGCUAGGGGUGGGUCAAGGACGUAGAGCGUCACCCGGAGAAUCAGCCACUGGAGGAGGGCAGCCUCCUUCCAGACGAGUCAUAGCCAUAGGCCUCGAGGGCGGAGUCGGCGCGGGCAGCCGACGACCCAUCGCCGCCAUCGAUCACAUACGUACUGCCAUUGUGUCAUCGUUAAACGUUAACGCCAGUGCCAGGAUGGGAUAGGCUGGGGCUGGAGCUGCAGAUGCAGCUGGACAACCCAACCCUCACGCUAGUCUCCAGCCACCAGCCACCAUCCGACUCCUGGCCUUGGUCCCAUUAACCGUAUGCGGAGUAUAUGCAACAUAUUUUUCUUUUUCUUUAAACAUCUAAGCGUUACAUUAUUUAGGUUUUUUUUUAUUAAAUGUAUUUAUAAUUAAUAAAUAAAACAAACAAAAAAGCGAAAAAGCAACAAAUAUAAAUUUGAGCACAACAAUUAAUCCAGCUGACUUUUAAUUUUGCGAAUUAAACUAGUGUAGAACUGGCGAAAGAAACAGAAUAUCAAACUAAAAUAUCGACCAUUUAAAAACAUUUCUGUUUACCAUAAAAAAGAAAUUGCAAGGUUUUCCUCAAUUUAACUUCUGUUUUAUUUUAUAUUUUACAACUAACGGUAUCUUUACAUAUAUAACAUGUAAACAAAAUAGAGUUAAGGAAUAGUUAAAAAAACGUUGAACACAAUGGAAGCGGCGGCGUGCGGCGGUGCGAACGCAGGAGUCUCGGCGAGCUCACAUCCAGACUGUUUGUUAUGAUGUUGCUGCUUUUGCCAAAGG